AUCACUGUCCUUCUUUAGAAGCCUUUAUUCAUCAGUUCAUCACUUUACAAAUAAAAAAUUAAACUGUGUCAAUUAUCAGUUGGGUGGUUCUGGCCCUGGCCAUCCAGAUCUGUUUUUAGUAGUCUAGUACAUUAAACUCCUUUGAGCUACACAUCAAUUCAAUUGGGUACUUAGUGGAAUCACACUUCUUUUUCAUUCAAAACAACUUUCACCUCUUCUAAACUUCUACUGAAUCAUCUGAAAUGGCUCACCAUUUUCGUGAACAAGACAUAGAUGAGUUCAGAGAAUGUUUUUACCUAUUCGCUCGAAGUGGACAAAUCAAAUCUCUCGAAGAAUUGAGCACCAUCAUGAGGUCUCUAGGAAUGAGCCCCACAAUUGCUGAACUCAAAAAGUACUUCAAAGACAAAGGUGGAAAACUAUCGUUCCCUGAGUUUUUGAAAGUGAUGCACGAUCAUAGUCGAGUAGAAAAUCUACCAACGGAGGUUGUCGAAGCGUUUCGAGCUGGUGAUACUUCAAAGAAAGGUGUCAUUUCAGCAAGACACUUAAAGCAUCUUCUUCUGCGCUGGGGUGAACAUUUAAGCCCAAAAGAAGUUGAGCAAAUAUUUCGUGAAGCUAAUGUUAUGCCAAACAGUCUUGUGAAGUAUGAAGACUUCGUCAAAAUCGCUUGUGCCCCUGUUCCUGAUUAUUAUUGAAGCAUCACGUUAAGCAUUCUCAAGUCCUAAAAGUUUGCUUAGUAUUUCUUCAGAAUAGCACUAAAUGAAAAAUCUGUAUUCUUUUGUAACAGUAAGUUGUGUUACUUUUCUGUGAUUGAAUUAUCUUCCUCAACCUUUUUUUUUUCUUUCUUUCACAUGGUUCAUACAGUUUUGAAAAUUGCUUGAAAAGUACUCUUUUAUGAAAAUUUUUUUUUCAAGGUUUUUGAAGUGUUUGAUUUUUUAAAAGGUGUUUUUAAAAUGCUUAAAUCUUACUCAUCACUAAAUCUCAGUAGUAAGUGCUCAUUGUUAAGUUUUAAUGAGUAAAGCAUUUGACGUUGAGUAGAUUGUUUGGGAAGACACCCUAUUCACAAAGGAAAUUGCGGUCUACCCUCUUAGAGAACGGAAAAACAUUGAGAUAGUAUGCACGCAGAUAUUAAUGAUAAAAAGGAAGCUGAAAAAAAAAAGAAACAAAACUUUUAUCUCUAAAAUUAACAAUACGGGAAGGAAACCAAGUGUUUAGGAAAAUAUUAUGAGACAGAUCUAGAAAAGCUCAAAAAUUAUGAAAAACGUGCUUGAAAAGCGCCUAGUUUUUCAUUGUAAAGGCUGUUUGAACCAUGUUUCAUAAAAGUAUACUCAGUUAAAGCAAUCGCAAGCAAGUGCCUCUAUAUUUACUGCCUCACAUAAUUCCUGUUUAUUCUUAUUAUUUUUAAUGGAAAGGGAUCAAUACCGUGGUGUAAGGAAGGUUGUGGCUCAGAAUUUAUCCUCUCUGUUUAACGUUUAAAAUAAGACAAGGCAGACAUUUUCUGUUUUUAUUGAAUAUGGAAAACCACUUUCAUUCUAAUUAAUGUUUGAAAACGACUUUCUCCUCAGAAUGUUUCACAGCAAGUAUGUAUCACUAAUUUGUAGCCCAUAAUUGCUCAGCAAGUGAA